AUGAUGCACUAUUCAAACUGGCUUAUUGGGGUAAAAAACAGAGCCUGCAUGCGAAAUGCACAUAAAACGCCGGACAUCGAGUGGAAAAGAGGAGGACACUCCAUAGAGAUGCAGAGCAACAAUUCACAACCCCAUCGGAAAACAUCCGAGCUCUCGCUCAGCACCCAUCUUUGGAAAAAAGGCUACAAGAUAAUCAAGAAGAUCGGCGAGGGCACCUUUUCAGAGGUGGUGAAGACCCAGAGCCUCAAAGACGGGAAGUUCUACGCGUGUAAAACGAUGCGGCAGACAAUAAAUAGUCUGGAACAGGCCAACAACUUACGUGAAGUUCAGGCCAUGAAGAGACUGAGCCCACAUGCAAAUAUUAUUCAACUUCAUGAACUGAUAUUUGACAGAGCAACAGGAACCCUGUCCUUGAUUUGUGAACUGAUGGAGAUGAACAUUUAUGAGUUCAUACAAAGGAGACAAAGCCCACUUCCUGAGAAUACAGUCAAACACUACAUGUACCAGCUUUGUAAGUCACUUGAACAUAUGCACAGCUGUGGGAUCUUCCACAGAGAUGUGAAGCCAGAAAACAUUCUAAUCAAACAAGACAUCCUGAAACUUGGAGACUUUGGCUCAUGUAGGAGUGUGUACUCAAAGCCCCCUCACACAGAGUACAUCUCCACACGCUGGUACAGGGCCCCCGAGUGUCUCCUCACUGACGGAUACUACAGCUUAACAAUGGACAUCUGGAGUGCUGGUUGUGUCUUCUUUGAGAUAAUCAGUCUUAAACCCUCUGUUCCUGGAACCAAUGAAUUGGACCAGGUUGCCAAGAUUCAUGAUGUGUUGGGAACACCAGACUGUAGUCUCCUUCAGAAAUUCAAACAGUCUAGGGUGGUGCGUUUUGACUUCCCCCCGAGAAAAGGGAGUGGUCUCUCCCGGCUGAUCCCUGACUGCCCAGCACCAGCUCUGUCACUGCUCUACCAGAUGCUUGCCUACGAUUCUGAUGAGCGCAUCUCUGCAGAGACAGCCCUCAACCACGCAUAUUUCAGAGACAUCAGGAUGACAGAAAAGAGAGCGGAGACCCUUCUCAGAACAAUUGGGAGAGCGGAUGGAGGACAAAGCAAAGGGACACCCAAUUUCGUUGACCACAUCUGGCGGGCAGCUAGACAUGGCAGACAAGCAAGGGGAAGAAAUGCAAGACAAACGCCUUUAUUGAGCCACACCAUAAAACAUAUAGCAGAGCCCCUCAUCAGACGGAACAACCCUCAUUACAAAACUGAAUUACCCAAGCUUAACAUGGUGAUACCAGGACCACAGAUCUCCUACCCAGUUUCCACUUUGCCUCCACUGACCAUCACUCACAGGGGCUCGCUGCCAGCCAUCACAUCCAAAAAGUGCCAGUCACGGUUGGCCAAGCCCAGGGAUGAGCCACACCAUACAGCCUUUAAGACCUACUACAUGCCACCUUUGGGCAGGAAACAUGGAGGCUACUGACUGAGGGCCAAAAUAUAAGUAAACACCUUCCACGAACUGUGUACGGUAGAUGGGAGAUCUGCUGCACUGGUGUAAAUACUCCACUUUCAUCUGCUUUCACCAGAAUAUAUCAAAUAUAUACUGCAGCCGAAACAUAAAUUACACUGUUUUUAUGUGGUUUAUUUGAAGAAAGCAUACAAAUGUUGAUUUAUUUAGGAUA